GACAUUUGCUGCAACAUCCACUCCAAACACUCCUGAGUAAGCCACUGGUCUCACCAGCAAAGAUUUUUCACCCUGAUGUCAAUUCUGGGCCACUCCCACCAUUUGAGGUCUUUGGGGCCACACACCUGACAGUUGCUUUCAGAUUGCUUUUCAACAACUUUGCAGAAAUCAUCUACUAAAAUCAUCUGAGUGCUUCUGAUUGUAUUUUAUUCCCCAAAGCAGGAUGCAAACAGAACUUCCUUCUAGGGUCCACCACGUUCAGAUUUAACCUUCCUUCCCAUCUCCACAGCAGGGUGUGAUGAGAGCCGAGCAGCUGGAAACACCUUGCUCACUUCACUGUCCAUUACAGCUGACAAGCCCCAAUGAACUUGAAACGAGCCUCCUUGAUGUGACACCUCCCCUUCUCUCCUCCCCUGCCUGCGGCAAUAAAUUCAAGCACGUACUCUUUCCGCUCCCACAGGCAGCUGUGGGUCCCUUGGCACAGAUGAGGAUGGAUAAGAGGGCUCGGAGCUCUUCCAGGGAGUCUCAUAGAAGACGUAGAGAGUCCCCGGGUACGCAGAGCAAACGAGAGAAGAGGGAGAGCAGCAGAGAAGGCAGCAAAGGAAGGGGAGACAUAAAGCAGGAGAAAGCAAAGGAGACCAAGAGCACUGUGGGGACUGAUGGCAGGGUGCACACCUCCACGGUGGUGGAUGUGGAUGAGGUGGUGUCUGAGGAAGAAAUGGAGGCAAUGGCAUUGCUGGACAGCGAGCAGCAAGAGGAAGGUGUAAAGUCUCCAGGUCUGGGCAUCUGUGAGUGGCUUCUGACCAUCCUGUCUUUCCUGUUCAUCAUAAUGACCUUCCCCAUUUCUGUCUGGUUCUGCAUGAAGGUAGUGAGGGAGUAUGAGAGAGCCAUUGUUUUCAGACUUGGGCAUCUCCUUCCUGGCAGAGCCAAAGGACCUGGCCUUUUCUUUUUUCUUCCCUGUCUGGACACGUACCACAAGAUAGACCUCCGCCUCAAAACCCUAGAGAUCCCCUUCCAUCAGGUGGUGACCAAAGACAUGGUUACUUUGGAGAUAGAUGCUGUCUGCUAUUACCGGUUGGAGAACGCCUCUCUUCUCCUCACCACCCUGACCAGCAUCUCCAGUGCCAUCCAGCUGCUGGUGCAGACCACCACGAAGCGCCUCCUGGCACAUCAAGCCUUCUCUGAGCUUCUGCUGGAGAGGAAAAACAUUAGCCAGGAGAUCAAGGUGGCUUUGGAUGCAGUCACAGGCUGCUGGGGGAUCAAAGUGGAGAGAGUAGAAAUCAACAACGUGCAGCUGCCUGCUGAGCUCCGGCAGUCCCUGGCUGUGGAAGCAGAGGCCCAGAGACAGGCCAAAGUGCGGGUGAUUGCUGCAGAGGGGGAAAAGGCAGCUUCCGAGUCCCUGCGGAUGGCAGCUGAGAUCCUGUCCAGUGCCCCUGCUGCUGCUCAGCUCCGUUACCUCCAUGCACUGCACUCCCUCACUGCAGAGAAACCCGCUGCUUUCAUCUUGCCCUUCCCUCUGGAUGCCAUGAACCUGGUCUCUCCAGCUGCCCACAGCCCUGCAGCCGUGAGCAGCCUCCUCCCAGACACCACAAAGCUCCCAGAAAGCCUGAAAGACAAGAAGGACUCCCCCAUGCUCUGAGAGCUGUCCCAGAAAUGGCUCCCACACUGCUCCUGGUCAAUCCUGCUCAGAGAGGAGCAAGAGGGCUGGCUUAUUGGCAGCCCACCAUCAGGUCCUGGUCUGGAGGCAGGAGGGGAGGCAGCCCAGACCUGCAAUAUAAAGUGGAUUGUAUGUGGAAAAA